AUGGCGCUCCCACUUUGCAUUCGCCGGCAUCUUUCAUUCUUAGAAGGAGUUAUUGAACAAGAUCUUGCUAUCCACAUUUUCGACGCAAUUAUGUUACAGUUUGAGCCUUCCCAGCUAACUGACUGCGGCUAUUAUCCAGUGACUCUGAUUAGACUCAUGAGAGAAGACUUGCUUGACGAAUACAAUGAGCAAAUUGGCCCUGGCCAGGAUUUAUCACACCUUGCUCCGUUCCCUCACUUGCCAUCUGAGCAGAAAGACACCUUAAGGGAAAUAAAAGUGUUGGCAGGUAAAACUCCUCAACCUAUUGCAGCUCUUUCCCGGUCAACAACCGCUGAUGUUGCCAUUGGAACUCUUCAACGAAUCUCGAACUUAUAUAAAUCCUGCUUUAUUCGUGACUGGGAUAGACGCGAUGUGAAGAAUGACAAUGGCAAGCUAUUACUUCCUAAAUGUGAUACUAUGGCCUACUUGGAAAAACAUAUCAUCGCCAAUCAUCUGUCUAUAGCUGACCUCAUCAAGACAGAGUCGAAGCAGAUUGCCGACAGAGUCUUAACGAUAUUUAACCCUGGCGCCAUCUACUUGAUUGAUGGCGUUGAUAUUAAUCGACUGAUAAACGCGCUCACCUUAACGGUUGAUCUUCAUAGGUUAUUUGGUAACUUUGAAAUUCCCUUUGAACCUGUUAGUACCCAGCCGCAUACCUACAAAGUCGACUACGUAGAGUCGGGUCGCAUGGGCCGCGUUGAAAAGCUUCCUGUCACCGUUGGCCUUUUUCUCACGCCUGAUCGUAAGGAGAUGAAGGGUGGUAAAGUGAUACAUGACAGAUCUACAUAUCUUAAUUAUGUUUGGUUCAGGCUCAGGGAGACGUCUGUUUACUAG